AUCAUCGUGUCACGUCUUGAUCCCAGACUCCACACCCCCAUGUAUUUCUUUCUGGCUAAUCUCUCUUUUUUGGACCUUUGGUAUACUACCUCCACUGUCCCCCAGAUGCUGGUCAACAUACAGAGCCACUGGAGAAAUAUCAGCUACACAGGAUGCAUAGCUCAACUUUUCAUCUUCCUUGGUUUAGGAUCCACUGAAUGUGUACUUCUCUCAGUAAUGGCCUUUGAUCGUUAUGUAGCUAUCUGCCAGCCUCUCCACUACACAGUUAUCAUGCAUUCCCGGCUAUGCCAACAACUGGCAGCAGUGGCUUGGGUAACAGGUUUCAGCAACUCUUUGGUGCAAACAGUGCUGACUUUCUUGUUACCUCGCUGUGGUCAAUAUCAGGUGGAGAAUUUCUUCUGUGAGGUACCCCCUAUCCUGGCACUUGCUUGUGGGGACACAUCCCACAAUGAGGCUGCCGUCUUUGUCGUGGCCAUCCUUUGCAUUUCCAGCCCAUUCUUACUAAUCAUUGCUUCUUAUGGCAGAAUUCUAGCUGCCGUGCUGAUCAUGCCCUCCCCUGAAGGCCGCCGAAAAGCUCUUUCCACCUGUUCUUCCCACCUACUUGUAGUAACACUCUUCUAUGGCUCAGGAUCUGUCACCUACUUGAGGCCCAAGGCUAGCCAUUCACCAGGAACGGAUAAACUCCUAGCCCUCUUCUAUACAGUGGUGACAUCCAUGCUCAAUCCUGUCAUCUACAGUUUACGGAACAAGGAGGUCAAGACAGCUCUUCGGAGAACUCUGGACAAGAAGAAUGUUUUGACUCGUCGGUAGAUUUCAGAGGAUCAGACAAAUCUGCUCUUUGCAAAAGAUGCACACACAACCUAAGAGUAAAUAAAGAAAGAAACAAGAAACUGAUCAACCUAUUUUUGUAAGGACCUUUAAUAACAGUGCUUAUUAUUUUGAAGACACCUCUUGCUCAUAGCUAAAAGCUCUGAUUGCCAAAUUCUGUAAGGAAGUUGACUACCAAAGAAUUUUAAUAGGUGAGUUCAGCAUUAGACAGGUUUUCCAAAAUAUUUCAGUUUAAGCUAAAGUUUAGGCAUAGAGAAUAAAUUGCUGGACUAUAGCUCAGAAGCCUGGCAAAUUCCCAUUCUAUACUCCUAGGCAUUUUGUAGCCCCUGAGGGGCCCAUCUGAUUUCUGCAUUCAUCACUAGGGGUAGUGCUCCCACAUAUGUCUGUCCCACGUGACUCUUAAUUCCUAAUAACACCAUUUUGCAUAUUAUUUCCUUCAAUAAAAAAAUGUUUUAAAAUUCUUCAACCUUAAUUAUUGGUACAUGACAUAGAGUUAAAUAAUUCUUUUUGUGAGUUGUGUGUACUAUAAUAACAUGAAAAUAUCCAAAAAAACAGCAAACUCUCAUGUUUCAGAAGUAUUUGUUGCAGAAUAUUUUUUUAAUUGGUAAAAUUUUUCGAGUCCCCAUGAUGAAAGAUUGUUUUAAAAAGAAAGAGAAAUCAUAUUUAAAUUCAAAGGUAGAAGAAGAAAACUGAACUAUAAAUAAUAUGAUUUAAAAGAUUUGUAUGUAAUUUACAAAAUUUACAUAUGUGCAGAUGAAUCCUGACUUGAUUUGGAAAUCAUCCAAAUACUUGCUCUUAAGGGAAAUGAACAUGGUUACAACACAGUCUAGUAGCUCUAGGCAUCAAUAAAGACAUUGCCUUGGAUCUGAACAUCUAGUUCUCAUGGAUGUGCUGUGAUCUAUGAGGGAUUAAUAACUUAUACAGUAGUGGUAAUAUGACAAGGAGUGAAGAACUGUGACUGCUACUAUGACAGUUUACAGUAUAGGAUGAAUAAGUUCUGGGGAUCUAAUGUAUAAGCAUGGUG